AUGAGGACUACAGACAUCAGGGACAACAUGAGGACUACAGACAUCAGGGACAACAUGGAGCACUACAGACAUCAGGGACAACAUGGAGCACUACAGACAUCAGGGACAACAUGGAGGACUACAGACAUCAGGGACAACAUGGAGGACUACAGACAUCAGGGACAACAUGGAGGACUACAGACAUCAGGGACAACAUGGAGCACUACAGACAUCAGGGACAACAUGAGGACUACAGACAUCAGGGACAACAUGGAGGACUACAGACAUCAGGGACAACAUGAGGACUACAGACAUCAGGGACAACAUGGAGGACUACAGACAUCAGGGACAACAUGGAGGACUACAGACAUCAGGGACAACAUGAGGACUACAGACAUCAGGGACAACAUGAGGACUACAGACAUCAGGGACAACAUGAGGACUACAGACAUCAGGGACAACAUGGAGCACUACAGACAUCAGGGACAACAUGGAGGACUACAGACAUCAGGGACAACAUGA